UUGCUCCAGAUCCCGCGGCAUGCACUGUUCCUUACACUAUUGAAUUAGACCAUGUCUAGCAAGUCAUGGACCUUGCCUCGUCUAUCGGAGUCCGGCCCAUCCGCCCACACCCUUCUGAAUUCCGUGCGGUUCACCUACGCCCUCUGCGCCUUCACCAGCUCCUGUCUUCAUUCCACCAUGCGGGGCAUUCUCGGUAUUAUCAUACUACAGAUGGUGAUGCCGCGUCCGGAGGAUCAUGUGGAGCAUGUUUUCGAGGUGAAGAACAAUGCCACCGCUAUCUCCAGAUGUAAUAGUCUGCAGCAAGAUGACAGCCCUCUGCUAAAAAUGAGCUUGUCGGGGGAUCUUCAAUGGAGUCGCAAACAGGAGCUGACUUUCCCCGGCAUCUACUACUACGGGUAUGUGGUUUCUGUUUUUUUCUCCGGCAGCUUAGCCGAUCGGUUCAGCCGAAAGAAUAUACUCGUACUGUCGCACAUCCUAGAGGCGAUCUGUUACCUCCUGCUUCCUCCUAUGGCUCAUCAUAGUUUUGAAGCGGCUGCGGCAACCCUCGUGUUGUGCGGCGUUCUCGGCGGCUGCGGCAGUCCGGCAAUGUACAAGCUUUUCGUCAUCUGGGCCCAUCCCACGGAAAGAACUGCUCUGGUGUCCUUUGCAUGCUCCGGGGUACUGGUGGGCUCCAUGCUGGCAUAUCCCGUAGUCGGGUUCCUAGGCGAGUUCAGCUGGGAGCUGCCCUUCUUCCUAGUGGGUGCGAUGGCGCUGCUCUUUGGCUUCUGCUCCUUCUGGCUUAUCUAUGAUACCCUAGAACAGCAUCCGCGAAUCUCGCAACACGAACUGAAAUACCUGCAGCACGGAUCCCUGAUUAGCAGCCAGCAGGUGGCAGGUGUGCCCUGGAGGAGCCUGAUCCAUUCCCGGCCUGUGUACGCAUUCAUGCUUACCCACCUGUUCCACUGCUACACCUUCCUGAUGCUCUCGACCUGGCUGCCGCGCUUCCUGCUCGAGGCGAUGCAAUUAAAUCUGCGCCAGGUGGUCCUCACUGCGACGGUCGCGUUCCUGGGAGCCCUUGCCUCCAAGCUCGUCUGCAUCCUGGGCGCCAGCUACUUGGAACGUCGUGUAUGGCCCAAUCAGGACUGGAUGCGGCGUGUCUUGUACGGGAUGUGCAGUAUACUCAGCAUCAGCUUCAUUUUUGUCAUCAUCCUGGCGGACUGCAGGGACCAGACACUGGUCAUUAUAAUGUUCGUGCUUCUGAAAACCACAACUGACCUGGGAUUCAACUGCUAUUGGCCCACCCUGCUGUACAUGGCGCCUUCAUUUGCGGGCAUGCUCUCCGGCUUCGCCAAUGGAUUCGCUCACCUGUCCGGGUUCCUAGCUCCGCUCCUUGUCGCUUCCUUGGUGGAAACGGGCAGCAAGUCCGAGUGGAAUGUGGGUCUUAUGACGCUCAUCGUCGGCAACGCAUUAGCUUUGCUGGUUUUUGGAAUUUUCAGCAGCACUAUCCUGCAGAACUGGGAUCCCUGCAGUCUAACGAAUCCAAGUCGUUCCAUUGAAACCAAAUAAUAUAAACAAUAAAACAAGAGAAUCAUAAGUUUUGUAGUAGAAAUUCAGAAAGUCCAAACAAACUAAAAUUGUACGGAAACCAACACUCUCCUUUGUACAUUUUUUAUAAUAAACACUCAUUAUAUAAUAAUAACUCUAAA